AUGUCUUGCCACAACUACUGCUCUGGAAACUACAGCUCAGGAUCUUUCAGCAAUUCUUGCCAUCUUCCUCUCACCCCUUCCAUUGCCCUCUGCUCUACAAAUAUGAGCUAUGGCAAUGUCCUCUGCUUGCCCAGUAGCUGUCAUGGUACCUGGGUCACAGACAACUGCCAAGAGACUUGCGGAGAACCAACUAGCUGUCAACCAGCUAACCGGGAGCCCAACAACAUGGAAACAUCUUGCUACUCUUCCACUGCUUACUAUGUUCCCAGAUUCUGCCAAGGAACGAGCUUUAUUCCUGCUUCUUCCUUCAUCUCCAGCUCCUGCCUCCCAACAUCCUACAGACCACUGAGCUAUGUGUCCAGCAGCUGCCGUCCACAGAGUCCCAUCAUCAAUAGUAGCCAUCCCAUAAGCUUCGUGUCCUGUGGCUAUCGCCCCCUCACCUGUUUUCCCAACAACUGCAGACCCUUGAGCCUUCUCACUAAUGGAUGCCGCCCCUUGGGUUGUGUGCCCUAUGGUCCUCAAACCGUUCAUGUUGUGUCUAGCAGCCUCAGACCUCUGCAGCCUCUCUCCAGCAGUUGCCAACCCGUGACCCCUGUGUGUAUCACCCGUCGUCCAUCUUGCUCUGCACAAGGAAGCCAAUAG